CACUGUUUGUUAUUUCAGUGAAUAAAUUCAUUAUUUAAAUAAUGAAAACAUAAAAAUCUGUCCCAGAAACCUGUACGCAAAAUCCAAUAUGGCUGAACAUUGAUAAAGUUGGGCUAUUUCAUAACUUAGAAUCAGCACGAACGAACAAUUUAAUUGUGACCAUAAUGGCUGAUAUGUAGUGCAGGGAUUAACAAAUGACUCUUGUAUUUGAAUGCAGGUAGUUGAUAAUUUUAAAACCCGUAGUCAAAAUGGACGAUACUUUUGAGCUUUUGGAUACUGAAGGUUCUGUUGCCCAAGUGCAAUCUCAACAUAAGACCAGUGCUUCAAAACAGAAUAUCAACAGCAGUAAAGGACUGGAUGAUCCGAAGAUACCAAAAGAAGAUAAAAACUGUAACCUAACUAUUAUACCUUCCGCACCAAAGUUAUCCCCCGAACAAAAUGAAGACAAAUUGGCAAAAAUUUCUCAAGUUUCUGCACACUUAAAGGAAAAACUCAGUUUGAAAUGUGGAACAAGUGUGAAUGGAAUUGUGAAUGGUUUGGGUGUAGGCGUUGAUCUGUCCCAUACAACAGAAUCUGAACAUUUCUCAAUUUCAAAUGACAAAACUUCGAACUCUGGAACAUCUAGUCAUUGUGAUACGUGUGACAAAAUUAGUAUUGAUGGUGAAACUAAUGCCACAGACUAUAAAUGUGUAUCGAACUGUAUGCAGAGUCAUCCAGAUAAGCUAACUACAUCUAGUGAAAACGUAAAAUGUAAUGAUGAUGUAUCCAGGAUUGACACAACAGAUACAAAAGAUGAUGUUAAAUAUGUGUCCUACAAAUCUGAGCUUCAGAUGCCUGACAUUAUGAGACUUAUUCAAAAAGAUCUUUCAGAACCAUACUCUAUAUACACAUAUAGAUAUUUUAUACAUAACUGGCCAAAAUUGUGUUUUUUGGCAAUGCAUGGCAACGAAUGUGUGGGUGCCAUUGUGUGCAAAUUGGAUGUUCAUCGGAAGGUUGUGAAACGAGGUUACAUAGCUAUGUUGGCUGUUGAUGAAAAAUACCGGAAAAGAAAAAUAGGUUCAAAUCUAGUUUUGAAAGCAAUCCGAGCCAUGGUUGCAGAUGAUGCAGAUGAGGUUGUUCUAGAGACAGAAAUCACAAACCGCCCAGCUUUACGCUUAUAUGAGAAUCUUGGCUUUGUGCGAGACAAAAGGUUGUUCCGGUAUUACUUAAAUGGUGUUGAUGCUUUACGCCUAAAAUUGUGGCUGAGAUGAAGAUAACAUCAGAACUUCCUGAGGAAAUAGUUUGUAAUAUAUUAACUCAAAUACAAGAUCAAGGGCAGUAAUUCAGCAGACAUUGUUCUUAUGUACAGACUGUUGUUGAAAGCCACUAAUUCAGUUCCAUAAUUUAAUAAUUUUACAAACCAGGUCAUUGUAACUUGUAUCUUGUAUUUGAGUAAAUAUGGUGUUAUUGAUUUUGUUACUACGUAACAAUAAAAAUAUAAUUUCUAAUGAAACAAACUAGUUGGCUACAUGCUGUCUUAGAAGGAAAGGAGAUUGUUGCUCUGCUUGCUUUCAAUGUGAACAGUGAAUUGCUUGAUUGGUCCAAACAAGUUUUACAAGCCUACACCUGUAAAUGUCACAAAGUAAAUAUUGUAAUUUGCAUUGUAUAAAAGAGAACACACUGAACAGGUGUGAAGGUUGAUGAAUACAAGAACACAUUUUUCAGUGUUUACUUUGUUUUAUGUUUGACAAUUGGCAUUGGGAUAAGGAUUUCAACCUUAAUUUCUUUAAAGACAGACAUUUACUAUGUAUUUCUUCAGAAAAUUAUAAUAAAAGAAAUAUACUACAAAAAUGUAAAUUUGUAUUUAACAUCUAUAUGGUUUAUACUUCAUUACUAUGCAAAUAACAUGUCCCUUUAAAAGUGUUACUUAUUUAGCAGUAUACCCAGAAGAACUUAAUAUUUUGAGGAAAUUGUUCCUCAAAAGAUUUAGUACCUGUGUCUGAAGGUUUUAUUACUGUAUAAAAGAUCUAACCGUUUAGUUUGGAUAAUCUGUAAAUACCUACUUGUUACAUCUGUUUCAUUGAAUGUUAGUUAUUCAUAUAAUAUAGUUAUGUGUUUGAUGUGUGAAGGAUUGAAUUAUGUACUGUAUUUAUAGGUCAAAUUUACUAAAUGUUUAUAUUGUAAAAUAAAUGUAAAUACAUAAUUAUUUUUAUCACUCUGCUGGAAAUAUACAAUUACUGUCAAAAAUA